UACGUAAAUAUCCAUUUGAAACAGUAGCAAAAAAGAAAUUUCCAAAUUCCAACCAUGUCUGGGUUUCUAGUAUCGGCAAUAAUUUUUCCGAAGUACUGUAUACUGCGGUUCAUUAUAAUCAACGGUUAUAAAUACCAUUAUUUUUAAGAUCCGACAUAAUUUUAAUAUAAAUAAAUUAAAUCAUGUCUUGUCCUUUCUACAAAAUUAAUAAACUGGUACCGAUAACCGAUGGAAGGUCAACAACCUAAUCAACAACAGGGAGGUCAACAACCUAAUCAACAACAGGGAGGUCAACCUAACCCAGCUUUACAAACAUGGUACGCGAAAUCGUGGGAAGUCUCGAAAAGAAUUUAUGAAUACUUUAACGCUCUCGUUAAAGUUAUUGGAGUGAUAGGAUCGUUUAUAUCUUUUUUAAUUUACUUUUUCCGAAUAAUGGGAGCGGUGGAAAAAUUGGAAAAAACUAUGAAUGCAGGUUUUAAAGACAUUGACCGUAAACUCGAUUUCGUUAAUAAAGAAAUCUCGGUAAUGAACAAAGAGGUUACAGUCACAAAUAAAAUAUUUGAGGGCAAACUCGGUCUGAUCGAGGGCGGACUUGAGCUCGUAAAUAAAGAGAUUGCAAUUAAACGCGAACCUGCUAUAAAUUCGGAGAAUUGGAAUUAUAUGAAUAUUAUUGUAAUUCUCGUGAUUCUUGUUGUACUUGUCGUCCUUUUGAAAAGAUAAACGAAAAAUUCACCUGUAGGGCCAAUGUCGCUCGUUUUAUUAUGAAAGAAUUAAGAGUAUGGCUUUAGGGAAACUUCUUCUCGCAAAUCACUACAAAUUUAUGUGAAAAAAAAUUAUUGCUUAAUAAUAAUAGGUCUCUGCUAACUUGCUAAGCUGUGUAUUUAUAUUGGUUAAAGCAUAACCUUUGUAAGUAAUAAAUUUCAUA